GAUUUGAUGAGACAAGUAAUCACAUGUUAUUAUGUAAACCAAUGAAUGACUGUUUAUUUUAACAGCCAAUCAAAAAAAGCAUUACAUUUGCGAUUACAAUGAAUGCAAUGCAAUAACACUUUAUUAAUCGGCGACCGGAUUGUUAUGACCACAAAGUCAUGUCCAGACAAACAAAAAUUACCGCUUUCUUUGGAAACGGUGGUCAUACAAAUGUGGCCAACAAUUUAGUGACCAAUAAGUCAGAUAAAUUGGUGGCCAAUAGUAGUAGAAGUAGUAGUAAUGUUGUCAACAAAUACGGACAACAAAAGCGUAAGUUUGACGAAGUGGUCGCCGCCGAAGUCAAAUCACGUAAUAAUAAUAAUCGGCCGCCAAAGCAACGGAAAGGUGUGGUCAAAGUGUGUCCAUUUUACAAGAAGAUUGCCGACGCCGGGUUCGCUGUGGACGCCUUCAGUUACGGCUCAAUACCCGGAAUAACAGCCUAUUUCUUGACACACUUUCAUUCAGACCACUACACGGGUCUGAAGAACACAUUCAAACAUGACGUCUACUGUUCGCCAAUCACUGCCAGACUUGUCCGCAAUCAUUACAAAUGUCCGCUGUUCACAAUCAACGUCAUAGAUCUCAAUGCGACCCGAUUGGUGAUGGGCACUAAAGUAACAUUUUUUGAGGCCAAUCACUGUCCCGGCGCUGUUGUCAUACUGUUUGAGUUAGCCGACGGCAAACGGUAUUUGCAUACCGGCGACUUUCGAGCCGAUCACUCGUUUUUCACAUAUCAGCCGCUUAUUUGCCGACCGAUUGACACCAUCUACUUAGACACUACUUAUUGUGAUCCGAAAUAUGAUUUUUUGCCACAAAAGCAAAUCCUUGAUACUAUUGUAUCGAUUAGUUCCGAUCAUUACAAACGAUGUCCAAAACUAUUGAUAGUUUGUGGCACUUAUACGAUCGGCAAAGAGAAUGUCUUCAUCGGCGUCGCCAAAGCUCUGCGGCUUAAGAUUUGGACAAAUCCUCAAAAACAACAGAUUUAUAAGUGCUAUAGAAAUCCCGUAAUUGAUUCACUUUUGGUCUCAAAUAGAGAUGACUCGCAAAUUCAUGUCAUGUCUAUGGAUUGUAUUAACGAACAGUUUUUAGAGACAUAUAUUCAUGGAUUUAACGGUUUGUUUGACGAAGUCCUGGCAUUUCGGCCGACGGGUUGGGAACACAAUAGGAAGUCGACAAAUGGAGUGAAGAAACGGAGACAUAAAAAUAUAACAAUUUGUGGUAUUGAAUAUAGUGAACACUCGAGUUAUACUGAAUUAAAACGUUUUAUCAAAUUUUUCAAACCAAACAAAAUCAUACCAACAGUUAAUAAUGGAAAUCAAUUGACCAGAGAUAAGAUGAAUAGCAUAUUCAAUGAAUGGCUCAAAGAUAGCGGUGACGACUCCACUAACGAUAUACAAGAGAUUCCCAGAAAAGAUAAAAUCAAUGGUUCGCUCAUGAAUUGGGUUCAAACCAAACAACAUAGCGUUGAACAAUAAAAUAAUAAGUAAUUAUAUAACUCUCUAAAC